AUGAACCGGCUCGGUGCUCGGCUAGUGGGAGCCACGGCGAUCCCGCCCCCGCCGCUGAAACCCCGCGGCAAUGAAAACCUCGACAAAAUCGACAUGUCUCUGGAUGACAUCAUCAAAUUGAAUCGAAGGGAAGGAAAGAAGCAGAAUUUUCCACGACUAAAUAGAAGACUCCAGCAAAGUGGUGCCCGACAGUUCAGGAUGAGAAUACGGUGGGGAAUCCAACAGAAUUCUGGUUUUGGUAAGAAUAAUUUGAGCCGUAGAGGAAGAAUGAUGCCUGGGAAGAGACGUUCUUAUGGAGUUAUCACUGGUCUUGCAGCUAGGAAAACAACUGGAAUUCGAAAAGGAAUUAGUCCUAUGAAUCGACCGCCUCUAAGUGAUAAGAAUAUAGAACGAUAUUUUCCAGCAUUAAAAAGGAAGGCAAACUUUCUGAGACAAAAUGAAGUGCAGAGAAAACCAGUUGCAGUUCUUAAGAGACCUAACCAGCUAAAUAGAAAAAAUAACAUCCCAACCAAUUAUCCCAGGAAUGGAAAUAAAUUAAGUCAUCAGAAAGACACUCGUCAAGCAACUUUUCUUUUCAGAAGAGGCCUGAAGGUUCAGGCCCAGUUGAACACAGAACAACUGCUAGAUGAUGUAGUAGCAAAGAGAACUCGUCAAUGGCGGACUUCCACCACAAAUGGAGGGAUUUUAACUGUAUCCAUUGAUAAUCCUGGGGCAGUGCAGUGCCCAGUAACUCAGAAACCACGAUUAACUCAUACUGCUGUACCCUCAUUCUUGGCAAAACGGGAGCAAUCUGAUGUAAAGAAAGUCCCUAAAGGCGUUCCUCUGCAAUUUGAUAUAAAUAGUGUUGGAAAACAGACAGGGAUGACUUUGAAUGAGCGAUUUGGAAUCCUGAAGGAACAAAGAUCCACUCUCACAUUCAACAAAGGAGGAAGCCGCUUUGUAACCGUGGGAUAG